AUGUACUCCAACACUGUCAACUGUACUCCAAAACUGUCAACUGUACUCCAACACUGUCAACUGUACUCCAACACUGUCAACUGUACUCCAACACUGUCAACUGUACUCCAACACUGUCAACUGUACUCCAACACUGUCAACUGUACUCCAACACUGUCAACUGUACUCCAACACUGUCAACUGUACUCCAACACUGUCAACUGUACUCCAACUCUGUCAACUGUACUCCAACACUGUCAACUGUACUCCAACACUGUCAACUGUACUCCAACACUGUCAACUGUACUCCAACACUGUCAACUGUACUCCAACACUGUCAACUGUACUCCAACACUGUCAACUGUACUCCAACACUGUCAACUGUACUCCAAACACUGUCAACUGUACUCCAACACUGUCAACUGUACUCCAACACUGUCAACUGUACUCCAACACUGUCAACUGUACUCCAACACUGUCAACUGUACUCCAACACUGUCAACUGUACUCCAGCACUGUCAACUGUACUCCAACACUGUCAACUGUGCUUCAACACUGUCAACUGUACUCCAACACUGUCAACUGUACUCCAACACUGUCAACUGUACUCCAACACUGUCAACUGUACUCCAACACUGUCAACUGUACUCCAGCACUGUCAACUGUACUCCAACACUGUCAACUGUACUCCAACACUGUCAACUGUACUCCAACACUGUCAACUGUACUCCAACACUGUCAACUGUACUCCAACACUGUCAACUGUACUCCAACACUGUCAACUGUACUCCAACACUGUCAACUGUACUCCAACACUGUCAACUGUACUCCAACACUGUCAACUGUACUCCAACACUGUCAACUGUACUCCAACACUGUCAACUGUACUCCAACACUGUCAACUGUACUCCAACACUGUCAACUGUGCUUCAACACUGUCAACUGUAUGCUGCCAAAAGAGAGAUGCCAUCUGACCUGUUCCAAUCACCCUGA